CACUCCACAAAUAUCUGUGAAGAAAAUGGCUGCUAUGAAUGAGUCCAUAUCUGCAGAUGUAUUCCACACAGCUCACAGUUGGGAAGUAUGGGACCUAUCGGGACAGAAUCUGAAGUCCCUUCCUCGGGAUCUCCUAACACAUGCUACGAGUGUGGAUUUGCAGAGGAACAAACUGAAACGGGUCAUCGGCAUCUCCAGAUUCACCAACCUGAUGGAGCUUAAUCUCUCCAGGAAUAAGUUAGUGGAGUUUUCUCGGGAAAUAUGCUACCUGCACAAACUAGAGAUACUCUACAUGAACCAGAACAACAUCAGAUCCAUUCCAGAGGGAAUCUUCCCCCAUCUUAGAGUGCUAAAGUUUGUAAAACUCAGCACCAAUCGCUUGACCAAGCUUCCUUCAGAUAUAAACCAGUGCACCAGUAUCACUCACCUGGACCUUUCCAGGAACUGCCUGCAAAACAUCCAGCCUCUAAUUGGUCUCCCAAAAUUGAAGGAGCUUUUGGUUGAGAGGAACCAACUGACCGAGCUCCCAUUCCAGCUCUUCCAGAGCGGUAACUGUGAGCUGACUGUGUGCAAGGCCACGGGCAACCCGCUCAGGUGCCCACCAGAGGAGGUCUGUGCUGGAGGGGUCAUGGACAUCCAGAGCUACUUCUGUCAAAUGGAGGAGAACCCAAAUACAUGCCAUGCCUGGACAGUCAAGACCAUGUUCCUGGGCUCCUCCAUGGCAGGGAAGUCCACACUUUGCCGCAGCCUGAGAGAAGGAAAGCCUGUGGUGGUGGCAGUGAAGGACCGGACCGAGGGAAUUGAGAUCAGUCAGCUGUACACCCAGGAAGUCCGUUUCCUUCUCUGGGACUUUGCAGGGCAGGAGGAGUACUACCUGACACACCACGUCUUCAUUACACCACGAGCCCUCGUCAUCCUUACUAUUGAUUUAGCCAGAUACAGCAUUGUAGACCCACAGUCUUUCAAAGACCAACUGUGGUUCUGGUUAAACAACAUACAGUUGCGUGUGCCAGACUCAGUGGUCCUGCUGGUGGGAACACACUGUGACCAAUGCAGAGACCAGGAGGAGGUGAUGGAGAAGAAGGACGACAUCGAGGAGAAGGUCAAAACCAUGUUGGAAAACAGGAGGCUGGUUUUAAAACACCAGAAGAAAAACCUGGAGGAAAACAUAGACACCUCUUUGUUCACAGACCAGGUGGAUGAACUGGAUUGCCUUUUGGAAUACAAUCUGAAGGUUCUGGAUCUUGUGACUCUUGACUGCACAAGGACUGAGGAUAUAGCUAAGCUCAGAAGUCAUAUUUUGAUGUGCAUUCAGUCAGAAAGUGUGGCUCUGUGUUCCGAGAGUAUCUUACCGAAAAGCUAUGAAGAAGUGGAGCAAGCCAUUCAUACACUUGUUGCUCUAGAACAAAUUCCUCAACAUGGUAUUAUUCUACUUGAAGAACUGAGUGACUUAAUUCUAAACCAUGUUAAACUGAGCAAAGAGAGUCUCUGCUCCAUCUUGCAAUUCCUCUUGAGAUAUCUGCACCGUAUUGGGGUGAUUGUUUGGUACGAAGACAUCGAUGUACUAAGUGACAGAGUGUUUAUCCAACCUUCAUUCCUCAUCUCAGUGUUCAAGAGCAUUGUGAGACACGACCUGGUGGAGUGUCUGGAGGGGGUAUCCAGAGACCAUCUCAUGCAGGAGGGGGCCCUGGUGAAACAAAAGUUAAUCUGGGUGGAUGACUUGAGGUGCAGAGGGACCCUACACAAUGCAGCCAUGCGCAUCUUGGUCCGCAGAGAGUUAGAGAAACUGGUCGUGGAUGAUGAUGACUUGAUCAGAGAGGUGGUGGGAACCAAGAGGGAGGAGGGCAUAAUACUCACCCUGCUGCAGUAUUUCGAGGUCUGCCUCCCCACUCUUGUUGGGAGUCCCCUGGACCCCCAAGCGCCAGAGUUCAUAUCUGGUAUGAAGCAGUGGGAGUCAGCCAGGGAGGCCAAAAGAAAUCCAGAUGGAGCGUGUCUCUUCCCCAUGUACCUGAAGGAUGACCUCAUAGUGUGCCAAAACUGGGGUCAGGACAAGCAAGAUGACCUCAGGGUUCACGUCUACUUCCUUCCUGAGAUUCCUCAUGGCUUCUUUCACAGAAUGAUCAUCAAGACGUGCUCCCUCUUCGCGACUCACUGGGUGGGUAAAGAGCAGAGUCUCUUCUGCUGUGGGAACAAGCUGGCUCUGGUGAGGCAGAGGAACAAAGAUGAAGAUCCAUUCAUAGAGAUACGCUGCAGGAGACCUGAGAAGGAUGAGGAGUUUCGGCCGUUGUGGGAUCUGAUCUUGGCCGUGAUGUCCAACCUGUUUGUGCUGUCCAGGCAGUGGCCAGGAGUGACCCAUCAGGUCCACACACCCUGUCCAGAGAGAGGCUGUCCACACUACUUCACCUGGAGAGACUGGAAGGAGCUCAGCAACACUAAUUUAUACAACCUUGUGAAGGAGGAGAAAUUAGUUUGCCAGAGAGGCCAUACGCGACGGACCGAGCUGAUUUUUCCAAAAGUUCCUACUCUGAAAAAAGGAGACUGUUGGAGAACACCGCACCACGAAGAUGACUCACUCCAAACGCUUACCUUUAACCUCUGAGGUUAAGACAUAAGUGAGAGGAAAGAGGGGAGUUAAGGGAACUGACAUGCACAAGAACUGGAUCAACAAAUGGAGCAAUCAAAUAAACCAAAGGGACAAACAAAGUCCUUCCCUCAGCUGGCUAUGGAUGAAAAGGUCAUUAGGAAGCACAUUGUGCUUCACAUGAAAGAUGACUGAUUGGAUGACAGUAAUACUGCAUUUGUAGUUAUUACAGUAAGUUUUUGAAAAUAUUUGAAGGUAGGUGUAUGAAGUGAGUCCAGUUACAGAUGAAAGAUUUGAUGGGAUGGUAAGAAAAAAGAGAAAUUAAGAAAAUAAUAAUAGCGUCUGUGUCAUCACUUCCUGUAUUUCUAAACGCAAUGUGCAGUCUGUCCGUGCAAAAAUAUCGCCCUCUGCUGGUUUCUCUCUGACAUGAUUCCUUCGUGGUCUCAGUUCUUGUUCUUGACAUGUCAAUAUCCUGUCUUCAGUGUGGGUGUUUUGUUUGUUUUACGGGACAAAUAAGAGCUUUCGUUCUCAGUACUAAGGGGUUUUCUGUCUGGAUGAAUUAACUACUGUUGGUAUCUGAAUCUGCGGGAGAAAAUACACCUGUCACAUGCAGAACAGUUACACAGAUUUGAUGAAUAUGUUGGGUCAGAUAUUUCAGAUCAGUUCAGUCUGAUUCAGACUGCUGAUAUCCACCUAGCGGCGAUCCACCUGUUUUUCUAGUCCCAGCCCUCUCCUCUCUGCGGGAGCUCCUGCUGCCUUUAAGGUCUCCUCGUAAACUCCAACUUUUAGUGGAAAUACUAAUGCACGCAGUGUGCUGUAUUUUUGAGUUCUGUGAGUCAGAAGAAACGAAAAAAUUACUAAUCACACACAAGUUUUCAUAGAGGAGGAUACUUUAUUUUGCAAACGACUGUUUUGUAUCUCCAAAAUUUUAGCUCAUCUCAGAUCUAGUAUCCACGUAUCUAAACAAAACUGUUAAUUAGGCUGAAAAACACCUGCGUGCCCCACUCAGGCACUUACAAAGACAGCCUGGGCCUGUGCUCGGGUCCUCUUUGCCACACCAGGAAGUGCUACAAUGGCUAAGAACAAAGGUAAACUACAGAAAAAAUACAGAAAAAAUAUUAUAAUAUAUAUAAGUAUUUCUGUAACUUACAUACAGAUCUUAUUUAGUGGUGGGAGAUGACUGUGGACAAAGCAGUGGCACACAGAAAUUCUUUUAACCCAAAUAAUUCAAAUACUUUAGGCUGCAUGCAGAUUAAUAUCAAGUGAUGCACGGGACAUGUAGAAACAAUGAAUACAUUUACUAAAAUAAAGAAAACUAAUGUUGCACAAACUGUGUGUGUUAUGCAUAAAAUGUAAACGUUGACAUAAGAUAAAAACACUAAAAGUAAAUAAGUUGUUGUGUGUUCUGGCCGCCACAAAUCAUGAUAAAAACAAAGACACUGUUUCCAUCAUGACGUGGAUUCAAUUUGAGGGAUUACACUUUAUACAGAUACAGAAAAAAUAUUGUGUGGCCCACAUUCAUCCAUUUCUUUUUAAUUAAUUUAUUUUGUACAUGUCUUUUUGAACAGAGUAGUGUAACAGAGUCUGACUUGUGUGAUCUGGUUAUCUGUUCAAAACUGUGGUCCCACACACAAUGAAAUGAUUUAGAUUGAAUAGAACUGUAUCUGAACUGUGACUGUGACCUGUUCUGAUCUGUGCACUCUAACACUGCAAAUAUUCUGGUGCCUGGCUUUUUAGGCAUUUAUACACAUGACGUGCUGGUUAAUAACCACAUUAGAAAUGUUUAACAUUUUUUUGUACAAUUGAAAUGUUCAAUUGGCUCU